CACAAGCCUACCGAUUCUAAAAUGGCCGACCAAUUUUGAGUUGAGAAAUGUCAUGAGGUUAUUUUUAAUCAAUCAAGAUUUUUAAUUAUUACUGUAGAUAAACUUGUAAUGAUUGCAAGCUUUUUAUGAAAUAACUACGUUGAACAAUCAAAAUGUCGUGGCCUGUGCCACAACCUGGUCAGCUGCCCCCGGGCGCUGGCAUGACUCCCGAUAUGAUGAACGUUGGAUCGUAUACUCCUGAUCAAUGGGCCGCUAUGCAGCAGAACUGGCAGCAAUGGGCCCAGUGGCAGCAGCAGUAUGCGCAGUGGCAGAGCCAGUAUGGAGCCAAGUACGUUGCACAAAUGCAAGGCACGGGGAGCGGGCCGGUCCCGCCCAGUAGCGCGCCGCUGCCCGCGCCGCCGCCGCCCGACCACCCGCCGCCGCCGCCCAGCGAGAACAACCAGCCCCUCUACGCCUCCGCCCCCGCCAACCCCCAACCCACCCCGGUCCCGCCACCCGCUUCCCGAACCUCCAACCCCUCCAAUCUGACUAGCGUAAACAUCACCUCAGGUAACGCACAGAAUCAGUGGUCCCACGGCUACCGGAACGACGCGCCGCCGCCGACGCCGCAAAACUCCGACGCGCUGCAGAAACUCGCCGAGGAGGAGAAGCUUUUCGAUAUUCAGUUUCAGAAAUGGGAGGAGGAAAUCGAGAAGUGGCGGCUCGAGAACGUGAACCACCCCGACAAGCAGGCCUACAAGGAGUACGAGCAGAAGUUCGAAACCUGCCGCGCUCAGCUCCUGGAGCGCCGCCAGCACAUGAAGCAGAAGCGCGCUCGCCUCACGGGCGCGGGCCCGGCCGCCGCCGACGCGCCCUACGCAGGUAAAAACUCCUUCGCUGUCCCGCCACCGCUUAACGACACGCCCACGGGCUACGCUCAGAAUCCGUCGCAAAGCUACAACCAGAACCAAUCGCAAAGUUACAACCAGAAUAAAAAUCAGAACUACAAUCAAAAACCCAGUAACAACCAGAACCCACCCCAAAAAUAUAAUCAGAACCAACCUCCGAACUACAACCAGAAUAAAUCUCAAUACAAUAAUCCCAAUCAAAGCUACAAUAACAGGCAGGAAUAUCAGAACCAACAGAACUAUAAUAAACAAGAUCAAAAUUACUCAGAUCCGAAUGCGUCCUCAUAUAAACACUUCAAUAAUCCACCUCCGGGUAUUUAUAAUAGGGGCAACAGAGACAACAUUGACCCCCAGGAUCGGUACGAAUCCUAUGAGGACCAUAAUUCUCUGAAUGAAACUUACCCUCCUAAACAGUCUAGUUUUCUUCCAACUAGUGGAGCUUCUAAGAGUAUACCGGGACUAGAUCUAGUCCCAGACUCUGAAAAAGGUCCCCCAAUGCAGCAGCAGGAAGUCAUAGAUAUUACUGAGGAGAAGGCUGAUAGAAACCAGCCUCGAAGGGGGCCUGAUUACACUACCAUCUCAAAAGGCAUCAACAACAUUUUAGGUGAUGAAAAGAUAAUGAAUAUACUUUCAAUGGUAGUAGGUGGCAAUGCUCCUUCUGGAAAUAGUCCACAGAGUAAUACCAGUGCUCAUAGUAAUAAUGCUCCAAACGCACAAAGUGGUCCACCAAUGGGCCACAAUAAUCAAAACAUACCUCCAAAUAAUCAGUGGAACAGGAAUGAGGGUUAUAAUAAUAAUCAGCAGUUUGGCAACAGACAAAACUAUCCGAUGCAACAAAACCAAGACCAGAAUAGAUACCCUCCCAACCAGAGGCAAAACCAGAUGUAUGAUGACAGACAGGGGGCUGGUGGCCAAGAUAUGUACUAUAAUAGAAAUUCUCAAUUCAGAGGUCCUAAUAUGCCACCACAGAGAAAUGACCAAGGGCCAAGACCGAACGCACCAGGUCCAAGACCUUUAAUGGCUAUAAAUCUUCCACCAAAUAUGGACAUCCACUGUGAUGUAAAUAGAGGACCACCCCCAAAUUGGGGUAUGCAACCAAAUAUGCCACCCCCAAAUCAGCCCCCAUCCCCUCCGAGGCCAAAAUGGAAGGAGGAGCCAUUGUUCACCCCAUCCUUUGUUGUUGAAUAUGAACACAAACCUCUGAGAUUGAAAGCUCGCGAAUUUAUCGAACCAGUGCAUAUGUUCGAUUACGACCACAAGUCGAAAGAAGGCGAAAAAAAGAGGGACUUUGAAAAGGAAGUGGAUGAAUUGUUUUCGAGGAAGCCGAGAAGGAAUAGGGAUGAGGACCAGAGGGCACCUGACAGAUACGAGAUGCAUGAAAGGCCCAGGGAACGUGAUGGGUAUAACAGGGAUUUCGAAAGAAGGGUUCCAAGGGACGACAUUAGAGACGAUUAUCGCCACAGGCCACCGAGGGAUGAAAUCGAAGACAAAAGAAGGCUUGACGACCGAUAUGACGAUAGGAGACGUGACGACAGGGAUCGCGAUAUACGCGAUAAAUUCGGAAGACGGGAGGAUGUUUUUAGAGACAGAGAACGUGAACGAGAGAGGGAAAGGGACAGGGACAAAGAUAGAGACAGAAACAUGUUCUACUCGAGAGACAGGUAUCACAGAAGGGAAGAACCCAACAGAAGAGAAGAACCCAGAAUUCGCAGCAGGAGUAGAGAAAGGGAUGUUCGUAAAAGAGGGCAUAGUAGAGAAAGCGAUACAAAUGAUUUAUCGAAAAGAUCAAGGGAACAUAAUAGCUCGGAAAGGAAUUCUGGAUCUGCUAAUCCUGUCGUAAUGAUCGACGAUCUAUUGGAGGCGCCUGGGCGUGAAAUGAGACCUGAAAAAAUUGUGAUUAUUCUUAGAGGACCACCUGGAAGUGGGAAAUCGUAUUUGGCUAAAUUGAUAAGGGACAGAGAAGCAGAGUAUGGCGGCGCUGCUAGAAUCAUGUCCAUCGAUGAUUAUUUCAUGCAAGAGGGCGAAGUUGAAGAAAAGGACCCUGUUACAGGAAAAAUUGUGAAGAAACCUACGCUAAAAUAUGAGUAUGACGAGAGUCUCGAAGAGUCUUACUUGAAUUCGUUGAAGCGGGCAUUCAAGAGAAGUUUGACCGACGGUUACUUCAACUUCUUGAUAUUUGACGCUGUGAACGAUCACCUCAGAAGCUACGCUGAUGUUUGGAACUACGCAAGGCAAAAUGGUUUCCAAGUGUACGUAUGCACGAUGGAGUUGGACCCACACGUGUGCCACCGGCGGAACAUCCACAACCGUUCGCUGGGUGACAUCCAGGUGGUGUGUUCGCGGUUCUUCCCGACGCCGCCGCACCACAUCCAGCUGGACGCUACCACGCUGCUGCAGAGUGCAUCUAUCAGAGAAGUGCACAUGGAAGAUGCCGACGAUGCCGUGGUCAUGGACGACGCACAACAGGAGGUCGAAAGCUCUUUUACUUCGAAGUGGGAGAAAAUGGAUGACGCAACGCAGCUAGAGCGGCUCGACGGAACCAGCAAACCGCUCCGGCCGUCGCAGAUCUCCAUGGAAGACUACUUGCAGCUAGACGAAUGGACUCCGAACAAGGCGAAGCCGGGGAAGAAAUCUGUACGCUGGGCGGACAUUGAAGAGCGAAGACAGCAGGAAAAGAUGCGGGCUAUCGGCUUCGUUGUCGGCCAGACCGACUGGAACCGAAUGACCGACCCGACAAUGGGUUCCAGUGCGCUCACUCAGACUAAAUAUAUCGAGAGAGUGCGCAAAAAUUGAGCGUCAAAUUGACGGUUGACAGAACGCCUCGCGAGGCAUGCGCUUCACGUGACCGUUUGUGGCAAGUUUAUAGCGAAGUUUAGACUAGCAAUAAAACUUGCAGAAGUUGACUACUGCAAGCUGUUUACCACUGUGGAAAUAGCUGUGGCAAGAGUCAACUGCUGCAAGAUUUACAGUGGUGACAGCUUGCGGAAGUCAACUUCUGCAUGUUUUAUUGCUGGUUUAAACCUCGCUUAAGAGUCUAGAUUUGUAUGUUUUUACAAACUGUAUGGCGACAAGUCAAAGAAUUGAGACUACCCUAUAUUUCCUAAACUUGUUCAUAAGGUUGACCUUAUUUGUUGAAAAGUACCUCGACUAGCCUUUUUCUUUUGUCAGACUACUACUUAUCGCAGUCUUUGCAUUUUAGUUUAGUCGGUCUAACAAUGCCCAUGCCUAGCGAAGUAAUGCCGUUACAGUCAGGUCAAUAAGUGUUUGUUUAGCUGCACUACGCCGCAAGAUGGCGCUAGAAGUGGAAGUAAAAAAAUAUACUUAUAGUCCAGUGAGCUGUGUCUAGGCUAUUAAAUUCUUAAUACAAUUUAACUUCUUUCUUAUGUUAAUUAAGGUCAUAGGUAGAAGUGACUAAAGAUAACUCGGAUGCAUUUUCAAAUGAGUUGUCGGUUACAAUUAUUUUCUGUUUACAUGCAGUACUGUUCGAACGGUCUGCUAUUUGCAUAGUUGCAAGAAGUAGGAUUUAACCAUGUGUUAAGAUUAAACUAGCAUAA